AGAGACAUCAUUUCCCUCCAGAGCCUUGGUUCGUUUCUGCAUUCAGCAGGAGGAGGACGCGUCCACGUUCCAGCACAUUUCACCAGCUGCAAACACGGAAUCUGCACGAUGGCGCACGAUAUACAGAGCGUGUUCUGGAGACGGUACGUUUACGCAUUUCUUUUUCUCGCUGUCAUCACGACCACAGUCUCCGCCGUCAGCCACUAUUCUGUUCCCGAAGAAAUGGAGGAAGGAUCUGUCGUCGCCAAUUUAGCAACGGAUUUGGGUCUGGACGUGAAGACUCUGAAUAGAAGGAAAAUGCGCGUUGACGCUGGUGGAAACAAAAAAUAUCUCGACAUCAACAAAGAGACUGGAGAGCUGGUUAUAUUGGAAAGAAUAGACAGAGAGUCGUUAUGCACAUCGAAAACCACGUCUUGCUUUCUUAAAUUAGACGCUACGAUUGAAAAUCCAAUACGAAUGUUUAAUAUUGAGGUCGAAAUCACGGACAUUAAUGAUAACGCUCCUCAUUUCCGACGAGGAACGAUGCACUUGGACAUCUCUGAAUCCAGCCCCGUCGGAGAGAGGUUCUCGCUGAAUAACGCAGCGGAUCCAGAUGUUGGAGCGAAUUCUGUGAAGGAUUACCACCUGAGCUCAAGUGAACACUUCUCUAUUGAAAUUCAGACGGGGAGAGAUGGGACGAAAUUUGCUGAUUUGAUACUUAAAAAAGCUUUAGACAGAGAGAAGCAGGCUGUUCAUAAUCUAAUGCUGACUGCUGUGGACGGUGGAGUUCCCACGCGUACAGGUACAGCCAGCGUCAUUGUUCGUGUGCUCGAUGUGAACGACAACGCCCCUUCGUUUGACAAAGACAGAUACGUUGUGCAAGUGAUGGAGAACUCACCAAUUGGAAGUCUAGUAAUCAAACUAAACGCCACUGAUUUAGAUGAAGGCUCCAACUCUGAUAUUGUUUAUUCAUUUAGUUUGUAUACAUCAGAGAGAACACAGAAUGUGUUCAAACUGAAUUCAGAAAACGGUGAAAUCAGAGUGAAAGAGAUGAUUAAUUAUGAAGAUAUUAAACUUUAUGAAAUGGAAGUUAUUGCCAGUGAUAAAGGACAAAACUCCUUAUCUGGACAGUGUAAGCUGACGAUACAGGUGACAGAUAUGAAUGAUAACCAUCCAGAAAUUUCUAUUAAAUCCUUUCAGAGUCCGAUAAAAGAAAAUGAACCAAUAGACACAGUGAUCGCUGUGGUUAGUGUCAGUGAUAAAGACUCUGGUGACAAUGGAGUGGUUGAUCUUCGUAUUCCAGAUAAUAUGCCUUUCAAACUGAGAGAAUCCUCUGAUAACUAUUAUGAAUUAGUGGUGUCAGAGCCGUUAGACCGUGAGAAGGUUCAUGAAUAUGACAUCACUUUCACUGUCACAGACAGAGGUUCUCCUCUUUUAUCUGAUAAUGAAACUAUGACUUUAGAGCUGCUGGAUAUUAAUGACAAUGUUCCAGAGUUCCCUCAGUCGUUUUACACGAUACGUGUGAUGGAGAAUAAUGCACCUGGGGCCUUGCUCAGUUCACUCACUGCCUUUGAUCCUGACCUCCAUGAAAACCAGUAUCUGGUUUAUUUCAUUCUAGAGAGGGAGAUAGCCAACACCUCCAUGUCCAUGCUGUUCUCCAUCAACCCAGAGAACGGUAAUCUUUACGCACUGAAAACUUUUGACUAUGAGAUCGAGAAGGAGUUUCUUUUCCACAUCGAGGCCAGAGACUCUGGUUCUCCUCCACUCAGCAGUAAUGUCACCGUGCAUAUUGUUAUUGUGGACCAGAACGACAACGCUCCGGUUAUCGUGUCUCCGUGGCGCGCACAUGGCUCGGUGGUGGAGGAGAAGAUCCCCAGAUCCACAGAUAAAGGAUCCCUGGUUUCCAAGGUGAUCGCUUUAGACACAGACUCGGUGCACAACUCUCGGAUUACCUACCAGUUUCUACAGGUGACUGACGCCACCUUGUUCAGUCUGGACCAGUACAACGGAGAGAUCCGGACUAUGAGGAUGUUCAGUUACAGAGAUCCACGCCACCAGAGACUGGUUGUUGUUGCCAAGGACAACGGGGAGCCCGCUCUCUCUGCUAGAGUCACCAUCAAGCUGUCCACGGUGGAGACUGUCGUUAAGGCCUACUCUGACAUGACUGAGGUGCCUCUAGAGUACGACAUCUUCUCAGACCUAAACCUGUAUUUGGUGAUCGGUCUGGGCUCCGUGUCGUUUCUCCUGCUCAUCACCAUAUUGGUCACCAUCGUGCUCAAGUGUCAGAAACCCAAGCCCAGCAACGCGGCUCUUCCCUGCAGGAACAGUGUGAUCAGUGAGAGGAACUCCACCAUUGCAGAUUCCACUCUGGUCUCCAACGAUGCCUACUGGUACAGUCUGUUCCUGGCAGAGACCAGGAAAGGAAAGAUGGUGGUCAGACAGCCUGUGCCAAAGGGCUCCAGAUACAUCGUGUCCAGUUUACCGAGAGGAACAGGACUCACAAACACAAGCGACUCAGCAGCUUCUACUCUGCAGGGCUCCACCGCCAGCAGCAGCAGCGGCAGCGGCAGCUCCACUUAAGGACACACACCUCCGACUGCAUCCCGCAUCUUUGCUGACAUGACGACAUCACACGAGGAAAAGAGGAAACCCCCGACUCUCGCACAGCCAUCUCCAUCCUGCUCGGUCCAGUCCCUGCUACUGUUCCUCGCACUGUGCAGGUGUCAUGCUUCAAAACCGAACAGCCUGCUGUGGAUAAUCAACGACACGACCCUCCCCCUCUCUUUCUUUAAGCACAUAGAAAGCCAAUCAAUAACGUCUCCCUGUCCAUUCAAUAUGCAUGAGAGCGCAGACUGCACGGCUUCAAUCACACUUCACAAACAUUUUCAAGAGGAGAAAUUUGCAAAGGAGACUGUACAUUCAAAUGGCACCAGUGGAUAUUCAAAGAAGCCACAACAAGGACUAUUCGAGUGGACACGGGAAUGUUGACAUGCCUUUAAGAGACUGUUUUCCCUCUCUAAAAAAGAAACACAUGUUAAUAUUACAUUUCUUACCUUUGUGCUUUGUCUUGCUCCAUAACAGCAUUGAUGUAUUGUAUAUGUAUGUGUAAGUUAACAAAGAAGUGAAACAGCACAAUUAACUAAGCGUGAGAAGAGCACCAACCUAAUAUUUUAAAGUGUGAAACUAAAGGGAUUCAGUAUUUUAUAAAUGUGGUAGCAUUUAGAAGUUUGUUUUGUUUUGUACUUGACUUUGGGCUUUGUAUGUGAGCUAUAGGCCUACAUAUGUGUAUGAGUGCUAACAGAUUUAUAAACUAAGUUUACCAGUACAUCUAAUAGACAAGAGUGAGGCUUUUAGCCAUUAUGUAUUAUAUCCGCCUGUCACUUGUUUUUGCAUGGAAUGAUCAAAGUUACUUUAUAGUUUUACGUAUUUUAUGAUAUUGAGCAAUCCAUUGUCUAGAGUUAGACAUCAUCUGUUUAGUCUUUUUCUAAACAAGAUAGAGGACCACAGUUUAUGGGACCAUGAUAUGAAGUACAAGAGUGUUAAACCGUCUUUUUACAAAGUGCUAGGUUUUCAGAUGUUUUGUCCACUCAGACAUUACCUGGAAAAUAUGACUGUAGGUGAUUUAAAAUGAAGACAGUGAGUCUUUGAACAUGGAUUUAUUAAUGUCUCAGUGUUAGUACUGUGUACAGAUAACAAACAUUUUAAUUUGUUAAAGCCAAAGUCUGGAUGUUCCUUGAUUUUUUCAUCUUCUGAGUUUGUGUAUUAAGUGGAAAACUCAGAACUUAACAUGACGAUUUAAUACUUAAACAACUUAGUCAUUAUUGAUGCCACUCAAUGAAAGCUGUGCUCAUGUGUAUGACUAACUUCCUUAUGUAUCUGCAUAUGCAAAACAUGUAUAGGGAUAUAUCAUAAAUCAUAUAUCUGUAUCUAUACAUCUGCCUUUUCACAUUAAUAACAACGCAGGACUCAAACAAAAUCAGUGCAACAUGUGCCAUCCGAUUUAUGGACCAACUUGUGUGUGAAAGCAAAACAACAGUAGUCAAACUCUUUAGCACAGCUCACAUUGCAUUUCUUGUAUAAAGUUGUAUAGUGUUACAGGAAACAUACAGCGUCUGCAUUUGUAUAGUGGUGCGUUCAUGGUGCAAUAUGUAGUGACUUGUAAAAUGUGAGCUUAUUGUAUGCUAUGGUCUGGUCUGUACAAUCUAAUAAAUACAGAAACCUACAUAGAAAAUGCUAAGUUAA